AUGUGGUGCCCGCUAAAAAACAUCAUGCACCAAAGUGCAAUUGUGCAGCCGAGGUUGGAGGCGGAGCCUCAGCUUUGCAGCGGAGAGAUCCGGCUGCAGGGCAAGCAGCUCCCCGCCUCGAGGGAUGACACACCAUCCUACGCCGCCGAAAGGGCUGGGCGAUCAAGUAGUGGAUUUAUUUCAAGUGUACUCUGUAGUAGUAUCAGUAUGGUGGACCCAUUCACAUUAGCUUGCAUUCUUGCCGCUAUAGCUGCUAUCAUCGCAAUCCUAUUCUACUUAUUUAGUGGAGGCGACGAAGAGAGGGACUUUGAAAAGGCGUUUGGUGAAAGUGCUCGCAAACUCCUGAGUCAAGAACGUGAAAAGCACAAGUCUAGAGUGAAAGUAGCGAAGAAGAAAGAUGUUAAAGAGAAAAAGACGGAGCACAAACAAGAAGGAGAUCCGGAACUUGACAAGGAUGCACUGGCGUAUUCGUCGUCUACAGAGCCUAUAGAGGCUACUGCGUCUGUAUCCACGUCAUCUGUAAGAACAGCUUCUCCCCCAGAAUCAAAGGCGAAGUAUAAUUCCAAGAGAGAUAAAGAAAAGGUUACUGUUGGGGCUAGCACAUCUGAGCCUACGUCUGAGGAAGCUACAUCCGAUAUUGUGCCAUCGAAUGGCGAAGAGACUACCUCUAAUAGUGAGCAGAUAUUGGAGGAAAACAAGGAGAACAGAGGUCAUGCGUCAACCUCCGAAGGUAAGAAGAGAAAGAAGAGCAAGACCAAAAGAGAGGACGAUGUCGUCAGCGAAAGGAAUGUCAAUCCAGAGGAAUCGCAAGUUGACGUCAUAGCAGGAACGACAUCAAGUUCCACGAAGGAAAGAGAAAAGAAACAGAAGAAAAAAAUCACUAUAGUGAAUAUCAACGAUCUUGAUUCAAACAAAGUGCUUACACGCAUCGCUUCGCUUGAAGAAAUCGAACCUGAAUACAUCAGUUAUCUUGCAACAUACUUUCACGACACGAAUGCUAAGGUUAACAAUUUCGAGCAUGCUCUGCAGGAAUCCGAGAAAAAAGCAACAGAGUACAAAAAGAAGUUUGAACAGCAGCAACAGUCAAGGUUGCUUGCUGACAGGCAAAAUGCUGAUCAUGUGCGGGUCAUAUCGGAACUAGCAUCAAAAGUUCAAACGCUCACACUCUCGGAAUCAGCGUGUAAGAAGCAAAUUGCUCAGCUAAACGAGAUACGACUGGAAAAUGACACUCUCAAAAGUGCCCUAUCGAAGACAUCCGCGGACGCUGCAACCGCUGUGAAAGCUACAGCCAAUCUGGAGAUGAUGAAAGCUACCAAUGCGGAAAUGAGUGAACGCUUGUCAAAGAUGACCAAGUCACUGAAUGAAAGUGUUGAAGAAAAUGCUUCUUUGAAGCGUCAGAUUGCUGGAUUUGCUGAGCAAGUCACUGCUCUCGAAGAUCUGAAAAGGGAGUUUGCUGCACUCGAUAUGGCAGCUCGUCAGUUGAAAGCUGAGUUGAUGGAAAAGACCCACAUCAUUGAGGAAGAGCGCAUGAAUCUGGCAGCUGAUCCUGUCAAGAAGAUGGAGAGUGAACGUGACGAAAUUGCGCAUCAGUUUUCACAAGCUCGUUCUGAAUGGGAAAAAAAAGAGGCUGCGCUAAUGAACGAAUAUACCUCGCUCAAGAAUCUCGUUGACGAACUCAACAAAGAGGUCGCCAAGUUUGAACAGUUCAAAAAGGAGCAGGAUGAACUCGAGAAGAAGCUACUUGCAAAGGAAGCUGAGCUAGCAGAGAAAAGCGCUCGUUUGGCUGCUGCUGAAACUGAAAAAGAGGUGCUCGUUGGGAAAGGAAAUGAUCGGAGUGCUGAACUGGAGAAGGAGAAUUUGGAGCUUCAAAAGAAGGUAGCUGAUUUAGAGGCAAAGCUGUCGAAGUUGGAGAAAAAAUCGCAAGCAGAGAGUAUGAACGCAGCACCCGUUGGCAAACAAGAAGUGAAUGAUGAGGUUAUGGUGCUUGAGAGAGCUCAACCGUUGCUCACGUCAAACGAAACAAACACCAAUACGGAUGAACUAAUCACGUUACGUGCGGAGAACGAGAGGCUGCAACUCAAGAAUGAGGAGCUUCGUAAACGAAACUUCAAAAUCCUGGACGAUGUGGCUGGUCUGGAGAAGCAGCUCUCAUGUCAAGUUUCUCCUUCUUCGAACGGAUUCUCAGAAUCAGGAAAACAAAGCAGCGACUCAAGCAGGAAGCAACUUUUGGAAGAGAGAGAACUUGUGGCCUCCACUAUCGGCAGUCUCGUGAAUACACCAUUGAAAGAUUCGAGCUACGACGAGUAUGUUAGCGAGCUCGCGAAGUCUUUGAAAUCUGCUCUUCGUGAUACUGCAAAGAAGAGCAGAAAAGACCGUUCGAAGGAUCAUUUCAGCGAAAAUCUCAAUGCACCUGUGGCAAAGAUGCAAGCUGAAAUAGACAGCUAUAGGAACGCCCUUAGUUGUUUGGCAGAUCUUCUCACAGAAAUCGAAAGCGGUGUUGAAGAACGCGAAUCUUUCUACAAAGAUAAAGUGGCAUCUUUGGAAAGUGCACUCGAGAAAGCUUGAUUGCUAUCAGCCGAAAGAGUCAAACGUGAAGAGAUUUCUCUGCGAAUCAUUAUCUCGGCAAACAUUUACUAUCUCGUCAAUGGAAGUUGUAAUCAUAUGUACUCUUAUGUUCGUUAUAGUUCUGAAGUCUCCUUGAUUGUCAAACUUUCCUUCUUCCGUAAUAAUAUUCCUAUGCUGUAGGUAUAGCCGAUUGCCCACGAGCAUUUUAUUGUUAGUGACACUCCUUUCGAAAGAGACUUUCAUGUUGUUGUUGUUGAUUGUUGCAAAACAUAGGAUAUCUCAUGCUAGUUUUCCUUCGCGUUUUUGUUUUGGUGAUCACUUCGCCUUCUUAUCCGGUUGGAGUUGAAAUUUUAUCGACAAGUUGCUUCUUGUGUGUAAAUUUCCUUUUGUUUUGAACAUGUUCUGUUCGGUGUUGGGACAAAGAGUUUUGUUUUAUGCAAA